AUGCCAAUUAAAGACGCCUUUUCAACGCCGCCCGAAGGUGCGAAUUCGAUUAGUUUCAGUGGUGCACUGUUGAAAUCCAAAGACAGCGGUGACAAAUCAGUUUUUUCUCUUAUUCUUCACUUACAAACGGCCUUCGCCCAAUUCAGAGCCUUGUUGGAAAGAUUAAUUAUGAGAAUAAAUUUCGUGAAGAAAUUGGAAAAUUGUUGGAAAAUUCAAUCCAAUAAAAUUUAUCGAGGAAUGCACUUCAAGAUGCGUUCAAUUUAUGUGAGCUCACUUCUCAGUGAUUAUCCUAACACUUAUCCUAUGUGUUCACAUAAUACUUUAAAGCUCCUAAAGCAUAAAAACUCAUUACAAGAAAAAUCAAUGCAUCACGCCUGUCGAUAUUUUGCCUUAAACACAACAAAGAACGAAGUUAAAUUUGAAGCACGUGACAUGUGGAAAUGA